AUGGUAAAUUGUAAAGUUGUUGCUACGCCGAUGAAUAUCAAUGAGAAGUUGUGUCAUGAUGAUGGUACUGAAAUGGAUAAUGCAACUUAUUUUAGAAGUCUUGUUGGUGGUUUAAACUACUUGUCUCAUACAAGGCCAGAUAUUGCUUUCUCUGUUGGAGUAGUGUCUAGAUUUAUGCAUAGUCCAAGCAAGCUUCACCUUGGAGCUGCAAAGAGAAUAUUGAGAUAUAUCGCAGGGACAACAGAUCAUGGAAUUUGGUAUUCUAAAGCAGGUAGCAUUGAUGAUAGAAAGAGCACAUCGGGUUUCUUGUUUAAUCUUGGAUCUGGAGCAAUUUCAUGGAGUUCAAAGAAGCAGGAAGUGGUGGCCUUAUCAACUUCAGAGGCUGAAUAUAUUGCAGCAACUUUAGCAGCUUGUCAAACAGCAUGCGAUACGAAUGAGCAAGCAGCAGACAUCUUCACAAAGUCACUUCCGCAAGCAAAGCACGAGUUCUUCAGAGGUCAACUUGGAGUUUGCAAGUUUGAAUCAAGGGGGAGUGUUGAGAAGUGA